GCUCUAUGCUUUCAAGGGAGGACAUACGGCGAUAGCAAUGAGGAGCUGUACAGAUAAUAUCUAAAGAAACUAUUCGGCUGGGUCCUCUGUGAUUCAGCCACAAUUAGCUAUAUCAAAUUACCAACCAGUUCAAGCAUUAAAUCAUGGCUGAUGCCAAGCAGCCUUCUGACAGGCCACAGAGGAAGAUGUCCACUACAGGGGACAGUUUAUACAAGGUGCUGGGCCUGGAAAAGGGGGCCUCAGCGGAAGACAUUAAAAAAGCCUACAGAAAACUGGCUCUGAAAUACCAUCCAGACAAAAAUCCAGACAACCCAGAAGCCGCUGACAAGUUUAAAGAAAUCAACAACGCCAACUCGAUCCUCACCGAUGAGACCAAGCGCAAGAUCUACAAUGAAUACGGUUCAAUGGGGCUCUAUGUGUCUGAGCAGUUUGGAGAAGAAAGUGUCAAAUACUACUUCUUCAUGUCAAAAUGGUGGUUCAAGGCAAUGGUUGUAUGCUGUGGAGUCUUCUCCUGUUGCUGCUGCUGUUGUUGCUGUUGUUUCUGCUGUGGGAAGUGCAAACCACCAGUGGAAGAUGAGAACUACCAGUACGUGGACCCAGAAGACCUGGAAGCCCAGAUCAAAGCAGAGCUGGAUGGAGGAGGUGAAACUAUAAUUAUCGUCCAGCCUAUAUCUAGUCCUGCUCCAGAAAUCUCCAUUGAAACUGCACCGGAUUCAAAAUGACUUUGGGUCGGUGAUUUGGAAGAGCUGCAUCGUGGAAGGGAGGCUCAAAUAUCCCUAUUUUGGUCCAGCCCACUUCUACCGUCAUCACCUCUGAGUCCACGAAUAUUGCAGCCAGCCAGCCUGUGUACAACACCCAGAAAUGAGCCACCUUCCUGAUCCCGGUUCGAGUCAUCAAUGACGGAGACCUGCUGAGGGACUCUUUAAGGCACCUGACCUAGUGUGCUGACCGCAGGGCAUCAAGGCACCAGGACAUCCAAACUCCGCCAUAAUCUAACCCUGACCCACUGGAAACAAGUGGCAAUUUGCAAAAAGACAGGGAAGCCUCUGCCAAGCUCACUUUAACUGUGUCUCCAUUGGUGUGUAUCUGUCUGUAUGUCUGUAACCAUGCAUUGAUUAUAUCUCAAAAUUAAUAUAGCUGUGAGACUGGUGCCAUUAGGCUGUGCUCCAGGAGGGGGCUUUACUUAAGGGUGGUGUUCUGUCUGGUUCUGACUAUUUAUUUAUUUUAUUUUGUGCUUUGGAGUCGUUCUCUGGUAGAAGCAUGGAUGUGAGUGGAAUGAUCAUAUGAGUGCAUGCAAAGCAAUAACAGCAUGCUUCUACUAAACAGCAUUGGAACAUGCGUGCAUACUUCCUCCCCCUUUUGCGUCUUAAAGUGGUAGUUCAUUUAAAAAUGAAAAUUCUUGUCAUUUACUCACCUUCAUGUUGUUCCAAACACUGCAUGAUGUUUUCCCUAAUGUUAGCCUCAGUCACCAUUGACUUUCAUACAGCCAUACAGAUUUGGAACAACCCGAGGAUGAGUAGAUGACGAUUUGUUUUUGGUAAACUACUCAUUUUUAUUAAAAAAAAAAAACCCAAAGAGCCUCAACUUAGCAACUUUUUUUCCAGUCUGCUUUUUAAGGCUGGUGUAUUAUCUUUUCUGUUAAUAUCUCAGGCAUGCGGUCACCUGUUACAUGCAUUUGCAUUCUGAUUAUAUUUCAUUUCAAUUGAAUCAAUCCAUCUGACGCAAAUGGCAACACUUUCUGACCAAAGCCAAUGUUAAUGCCUCAACCGCCAUGCAGAUGUGUCACGCUUUGUAGUCAAAGCAAUGUGCUAUGGUCAUUUCCCUAAAAUCUUUCAACAGCAACACUUGAAAUUGCUGUUGAAAGAUGUUUUUCUAUGCACUUUUUUUCCCACUACCUUCAAAGGAGACUUCAAAUCACCAACAUAUCAACUGCAAAGGCUAGAAUAGCUGUAAAAAGCUGUAAAAUGUCAAUUUGUGGGAUCAACCCUUAUUUUGGUAAAUGCAAUGCCAAAUCAUUCAGCAAACCUAUGCUUUCUUUGUGUUUUAAGGACAUAUGAUGACUAAACGCAAAUAUUUUUAAUAAUCUUAUUUAUUUUUUAAUAUAUCAAGAUUGAGAUUAAUAUGUAUGACGUUAUGACUGACGUGAUGCACUGUGUAAAAGUUAAAUUACAAAGUUUUGAUCUGAAAAGCCUCACCAUUUUAGCAAUAAGGAAAUGCCCAUUGUGUUAAAUGUGAAGGACUCAAAAAGACUAGUCAGGUAACUGAGGCAUCCCCAAGUAUGUCAGUAUGUUAGAUUAAAUGCCAAAUGUUGUUUUCCCUUAAAUAUUUCAAUGGCAAUAGUAUGUACUUGCCUCUGCACUGGAUUAUAGACCUUUUCAUUUCAGUGUACUAAUAUAAAUGUAUGUAACUAUUUCAAGUAGUGCAUGGUCCUCUGUCUAUUCUAGUUGUUAUUUUGGGGGGCAUUUUGUUAGUAAAAAUGGGUAUUGCUUUUAUUGAAUAGACUAAAAACAUGCCAAAAUAUUGAGAUAUGAACACGGAAAUUCAAUAGCUGUAAAAAUUUCUAUUUUUUUUUUUUAAAUUAUACAUUUCCAUGCUCACAGGAUCAAUGAACCACAUAAACGAGGCCCUUUUCUGCAAUCAACUAAUAUAUAUCCAUAAUUUAAUUUUUUUUACACAUUUAAAUUUUGCCACUUAUUUAGGGUGCAAUGAUAAUUUAUUUUAAAAAAUUUCAGAGGUGUUUGGCCUCUGCACUGGUGCACAUUAAGUUUUAUGAUGCUGCAAAAUUGUUUACGAUAAGCUGUUAGGUGAUGAGUUGGAACAAAUUGACUUGUAUGUGUGUGACAAAGAACAUCAGCACAGUUCAACAUGCCAUGUCUUGAAAACCACAGUUAUUCCAUUGUUACGUUCCUCCUGUUUUUACUUAACAUGAUUCGUUAUGCAUCACAUAUUUCAUUGUCUCUUCAUAUUAUUGAAUCUGAAUUAAUUAAAAUAAUGGGGAUUUUUAAAUAAGUGGUUUUUGAGUGAAUUUUGUGAUUUUAAUUAUUUCUUGUUUUAUACAACAUUGUGAUCUUGAUGGUUAGAUGACACAUCCACCAGGCUUUUAGUUAAGGUUUUAAUGUUGUAGCUGGGGUUACAAAAUCAAUGCAAUCUCAUUUCUAAUAUAUGGGUAACUCCACACCACAGGUCUAUGUGCUAUAGUUGUACCCAUAAGUCUGUAAUCAGCUUAGUGUACAACUCUACACAGAUGCUUAUAAACUGUUCUGUCAAAUUGCUCAACAGGAAGUGCAGUCAGAUUGAACUGUGGAAAGUGAUGGUUUUGUAAACGGUUUGAUUGAAGUGUGUGUGAUGAGACAAUAGCUGCAGUCUAUAAUGGUUUGGCAAGAUUAGGUCAAAAAUUAUUUGACAAAUUUCUUGAAAGUAAAAAAGAAAAGGUAAACCAGACCCUAAAGGUUUCAUUUGGCCCGUGAUAAUAUGGGCUAUAGGUUUGACAACUUUACGCCACAUGAAUAUGGAUCGCUUGAGUAUUUUUAGCUAUUUAAUGGGGGGUGGGGGUUAUUCGUUUUUAAUAUACAUUAGAGUUUGUCAUAAGCGCCUAACCAAAAAGUUUUAAGUAAAUUUUAUUUGAGAGGAAACCAUGGGCUGGACGACCAGCAUAUUUCCAGUCAUUCAAACCUAGUUCAGAACCACAGUAAAUUAG